AUGGACCAUACAAACCAACCUGCUGUCUUCAACGUCCCGGCCCUUGACCUUGACGAUGCCUUCUCAGACAGUGACGACGUCGACGUUUCUUUCGAAUUCUCUCCGGAUGUAAUCAGGGAAGAAAUGGUCCGAACCAGGUCUAAUGGAGAUUUCAUCCAGGACGAGGACGAAGAACCACAGAAUAUAUCCAAAGGAUACUUCCAUGCACAUGAUACGUCUGUGUCUACCCUGGAUAUGAAUAAUGACGGUGCUCCUCCAUCAGUGCCGCCCACAUCGUCUCCCUCGAUCUCUCCGGAUACCUCUCCUCAGUUUGUGUCAAUAUCGCUGUCGCGUUCUACUUCUGGUGCCGAGGUCAACGACGAUGGAGAGGUGCAUGAAGAGGUGCCUGAACACCAAGAGGUGGCGACGGAAGAAGAGACUUCGACCUAUCCAAAUGUCCAGAUAGACGUGUCCCAGCCUCCCUCUCACAGAGUGACGCUUUCCGUCGACUCUACUCAUUCUCGCGCUUCCACUGAGAUUCAAACGCUUCACUGCGAUUCCCAAUCUCCUCGACCUUCUUCUGACAUGUCACCUCCUCAUUCCGCUGCCUCUGCGCAGUCGUUGCCUGUAUCGGUGCCGGAGCGAGGCGAUGCACUUUCGACAUCGACUUCAUCAUCGUCUGUUUCAGCAUCAGGUGCCAUUGCGGCGUCGUCGUCGUUACCCAACACCCAGUCUUCCCACAUUGCACCGCCUCAAACAUCAAAUGGCCACAGACAGACUCGGUCCGCCGGACCUAGCAUAUUGGAAAAGGUCAUGAGCAAGACAAGGCCUUCAUUUUUGCCUCCAAAAAGCCGCCAGGAAGAUAAAAAGCAUAUGUCAGAUUGGCAGUCUAUGAUGAAGCAGAGCCGUGCCGCAGCUGAGAAGCGGAGAAAGGCUCUUGAAGAUCGUCGGAUUGUUCGUGAAAGGAAGAUAGAUGAAUCUAUACAUCUAUGGGAAAGAGACAUCAUACCCGAUUGGCGAGUUGUCAACAAGAAUCCCGCUCUUCGAAGGAUGUGGUGGCAAGGUAUACCUUCAAAACUACGCGCGUCCAUGUGGGAACGCGCCGUUGGCAAUCCCUUGGCAUUAAAUAAAGAUAAUUAUCGCGUUUGCCUAUCGCGCGCCAAAAGGGCUCUCACAAGUGGGACGUUCCCUCAGGCAACGCUCGAACUCAUAGAAAAAGAUAUCUCUACUACGCUUCCUGCGCUUCAUAUUUUCCAUCACGAGAAGGGGCCCAUGUAUGCUGAUUUAAAAGAUAUGCUUUUUGCCUGGGUUGUCUCGCGAACAGAUGAAGGAUUGGGAUAUACCCUAGGUGCGGCGAGAAUUGCUGCGAUGCUGUUGAUCAACGUACCUCUCCCGCAGGCCUUCGUGGUCAUGCGUAAUCUAUUGGAGCGCCAUUGUAUGCGAAGCUUUUUCGGGGGGGAUGGCGCCAGAGAGGAUGUCGAGGCUUAUUAUAGAAUAUUCGAUACCCUACUUGCGGAUGGAAUGCCGAAAAUCUACUUUAACUUUAAACAACAUCAAAUAUCACCUGCAUCGUAUCUCCCCGACUGGCUUAUACCGCUGUUUCUCGACCACCUACCAUUCGAAUCUUGCGCACGCGUAUGGGACGUAUUGAUCCUUGAGGGAGACUCGUUCUUGUAUCGCGCUGCCUUGGGCAUUCUCGCUGUCCUUGAGUCGCGGUUAUUUUUCCCCGACAAAAAGGAGCUUUUAGAACUUCUCAAGGGAGAAAACAAAGCUGCCAUUGAUGUAGCCACGCGGGAAGGGCAGAAACUUGAUGGGGGGAAAUAUGAAAUAUACGGAGUGGAUGAAGAAACCCUUUGGGACCGGAUUGACAGCAUGGAUGAUUGGUGGAAGGAGAGUACCUGGACUCGUUUGAUACAGCGUGAACUGCCAGAUUUGUGA